GCGGUUCCGCGUGUUGCUUGUUUCGCACGCUGCUACCAAAGCUCGUGGCCGCUGGGUGCGGGCUCGGUCUUCCGCGUCCCUGUUUUCCUCCUCCACAGCCUGGGACCCAAAGCCGUCUCCGCCUCUGGCUGGGGCUGCUGCGGCGCAGCCUUCCCAGCUCUCCAGGUCCACCAAGCGCUGGCCUGGUUGAUCCUGCGCAGGCGCAGAGGCCGCCUUCGAGCCCCCCCCCCCCGCCCCCUUGACCCCUGCCCAGUGAGCCGGGCGAGGCUGGCUCCCUUGCAAGGGAUCUGUGGCCUCGCGCCUCCCACGGGCCUUGCAGCAGCCCGGUCGGAGCCGGCCGAGCCUCAGCUCCCUCCAGGGCCAGUGGACAGGGCUCUGCCGCGUCCCCGAGCGUCCCCGGGGGCUCUUCUGACAGUGCACACGGCCCCUUCUCGUCCUGGUCCUGGGAGAGUCCUCUGAGUGCCUUCUCUGCCCCCAGAUCCCGGCCCCGGGCCUGUGGCCUACAGCGACUCCCGCGGCUCCUCCCUGGCAAAGGGCAUGGACGACGGCAAGGUGAGCAUGGCUGCGAAAGGGCUCCCAGCCUAUCCAGGGCCCCCGUUCCUGGGACGCCCCAUGCCGCGCCCGGUGGUCUAUGGGCCUCCGCCACAACCAAGGCUCUGUGGGACUUUCAGGCCUCGGCCGAUGCCUCCGCCGCGACCGCUGACAUUCGUCUCAUGCAUGGGCCCACCACUGGGCUUAAGGGAAUACGCGCCCGGCAUCCUGCCCAGACGCUGCGACCUGCCGCUGCACCCCCGUGAGUUCUUGCCGGGACCUGUGCCAUUCAGGCCUCGAGGCCCGAUCAUUCCUGCUCCUCGAAUGCCACCACCACCCGCCGGGCCCCAGGACUACCCACCGCCACCUGCCGCAGGGGAGCCCCUGCUCUCGGAGCCCAAAGAGGCCCCAGCCUCGCCACAAAGCAGCCGAGAACCUGCCCAAGCUCUGAGGCAGAGUGCAUAAUGGCCCCACUAAUCAGAGGCCCAAGGUUUUUAUUGGUUUUGGAGGCCCAGUUCAUUUCAAAAGGAUUUUAUUACUAAGCUGCCUUGAGCGGUGUACAUUUUCAAGCCAAACAAUACAGAAGUCUCAUCUUCCUCUAUAAAAAUUGCCUCUUAAGCUAGAGUGACAUUCCAACUUUGAAAUGUGCAAUAAUGAUCCCUGUGUUUUAGUUAAUAUAGCAUAGAUAUGUAUAAAAUAAUUCAGAAUGUCAUAAAAAUGACUGUUUCCCCUGGAAAUAGUUUAGGAACACAUAUUUCUGACUCAGCCCAUGGGUCAAUCCAGAACCAGGGGGCAGUUUCCUGGUGAAGGAACGGGGAUUGACAGAUGCAGAGUAGGAGACAGAGAGACGGAGACAAGUCGAAGUUCGAUCAAGCCUCAUUUAUUGAUAAAGUGGUUG